UCUGAUAGCCUUGAUGUUAAUUAUGUUUGCUGGUAUUGAUAAGGCAGACUUGAAACAAACUGUAGUAUGGCUGUGUAUUGUCACAAGUGUGAGUGCUUACAGAAGGAAAACGGGAAAGAAGAUUCAAAUUUCUGUGGAAGUUCCUGAUGAAGAGACUUUGAGCCUUCCAUUAAUCAGACAUGAUGGCUGGGUCGAUCCUUGCUUCUACUCAACAAUGGAUUCAGUUUUGGAAGUUUGGAAGAACAGUAGAGCUCAAUACAAGAAAGGAUCAAAUUCUUUGAUGAGCCUCUUCAUCAACAAAUGCUUUUCUUCUCCAACUUCUUGGGAUGACAGAGAUGCUGACAAGAACAGAAAACCGUUCAUAAACAUUGAGAGUGAUUCAUAUCAAAUCAGAGAUGAGGUUGCUAGCGCAGUGAGCAAGGCACUGAAGGGCCAACUCCUGACAAACCCUCCUAGAUGUCUCCGACCUGUCUGGUACAUCUAUGGAGACAGGAGACACGGACUGCACCGACCCUACAUGGCUCUCGGAAUGUACGGCUCAUCACACGCUGUUAAGGUCUCCUGGGUGCGCAAGCCUGUCGUAAUGACUGGGUACUGGUACGACUUGGUUGCGGCUACAAUCACAGGGUUGUUUCCUCGAGAUGCUGUUCCACCUCCUAACUCCACAGUUUAUCGGUUCCCGCAGGACUUGAUCCUGCCUGACCUCACAGUGUUCGUCACCUCUCACCACCUGCCUGCCCAGAGUGGGGAAGAUAAAAGCCUAGAGGAAAAUAGGCCUCUUGACUGGAAGUCUAGAUAUACAAGUACUUUUCUCAACUUUCCAAAUGCUGAUAUUCACGAAGUAAAGUAUAACGGUUUAGAAAAUGUGACACAAACCACCAUCCAGCUCGUGCAGAGUCAACUUGGUCAACGAUUUAAACUGGAAAUACAAUCAUUGUAAAAGCCUGGCUUAUGGAGAAACUGGUUUAACACGUUCACUACCUCAGCUUUCAGUAGCAGACUAUUACAAGCCUUUUCCACAAUUGCAGAUUUGAAUCAGGAAACGUGUCUGCUGAUUUUAUCCAAGUGCCAUCGUUCUAUGUAGGAAAAUGUAUAGAUGGUUAGAAGAUAAUAUAAAGAUUAUACUGUUGCUGUGAAUACUGCAUAUGACGUCUGCAAAUCUGGAUUCAACAUGAAGAACACGUGAAAACUUUAGCGUUUUCUCAAUCUAAAGAACUAAAUUUCCUAUCUACAACGAAUAGGAUGUACUAACCACAAGAUAGAAGUAAUUUGUCUUGUCUUUCUUUAAUGCAAGUUUCAGAAGACACACAAACAAACACAAGUGGCCUAGCAAAACAUUGGACUAGACCUUGGUCUUAUGUUACUGAACAUGAAUUGUGCUCUGUUGAUUUGAGCGAAACAACCAAUGAGUAGAGUGUGAACCGAAAUGCCACCAAAACGAAAACAAAAAACAUUGGCCUAAGUCUGACACCUAGCAUCACCUCUUACAUAUUUAAAAAUAUUUGAUGAUUCUUUGUGAUCCCUUGAUUUAUCAUGGGUUUAACUAAUUUGGAGGCACAAGAAAAAAAUAAUUCCCAUGGCAAAACAUUGACUAGACUGUGGUUUUAUUAUACAAACUAUAAGAUUUGUGUGAAGCAGCCAAAGAGGAGACUCAAACUAAAAUGGGGGUCCAAGGGGUCUGGUCUCCCCCAAAUUUUCAAUUUUUAAAUUACUUUUUUAGUAAACCAUUAUUAUUAUUUAAAUAAUUCAGUAUUACUGACAUGUACUGCUGAAAGAUCGUUCUCAACACAGAACCGGAUCAAGAACUUUUUAAGGAACAAAAUGGGGCCUUGCUCUCUGUCCACUACAGGAAAAUAUCAGUUGUCUGAACCCAAAAUGUUUUCAUGGCUACGUUCUUAUCUGUUACAGCAAAAUUAUUGCCCUACUCCUGACAACAUGAGUAAUCCAGCAUUGUAUGUCCUUUAUAGACUCAGAAACUAUUUGACCGAUCAUUAUGAAACUUUGUAUGUAUAUGUAUUUUUUCACGUAGAAUGUUUAUAUGCUAUGCCCAUUGAUGUAACUUACG